UUCCUGCCAGCAGCAGCGAAGUUUCAAAGUUCAGUCUGCACAACCUAAAAGAAGUGCGAUAACUUGCAGUGUUUGAUCGACGGGCUCGAUGGCUCAAUAUACUCUUGUUUCGGGGGCUGUUGGCUUGAUUACUCUCCAAAAUCCGCCUGUUAACGCACUCAGUGCAGCAGUGAGGCAGGGCAUCGUUGAUACGGUGGAGAGAGCACUCAGUGUCCCAAAGGUUAAGUCUGUGGUCAUCUGUGGCCAGAAUGGAGUAUUCUGCGGAGGGGCAGACAUCAAGGAGUUUGGGACAAACAUGUCCGGGCCUCCACUGGUACCGAUGAUCCACGCCAUCGAGGCUGCAAAUAAGCCGGUGGUGGCAGCCAUAGAGGGAAGCGCUUUAGGCGGAGGCCUUGAGUUGGCACUUGGCUGUCAUUAUCGAAUCGCCCACUCUAAAGCUAGACUGGGGCUUCCAGAGGUGACUCUAGGUCUGCUGCCAGCUGCGGGGGGAACCCAACGUCUGCCAAGGCUCAUCGGCAUCCCAGCUGCCUUAGACCUCAUCACCACAGGCCGCCAUGUGACUGCUGCUGAGGCACUGCAACUUGGAAUAGUGGAUCAGGUUACUGAUCACAACACUGUGGAUGCAGCUGUGAAGUUUGCCUUGAGUGUUGUAGGUCGGUCCCUGGAUGCCCGCCGUAUAAGCACUUAUCCGUGUCCACGCCUGUCUGAUUUGGAUGCUCUGUUUGAGGGGGUGAUGCAGAAGGUGCGUCAGAGUGCCCGCGGAGCUAUAGCACCAGUUGCGUGUGUCCAAGCAGUGCGGGCAGCCGCCACCCUGCCUUACACGCUGGGCAUGGAGCGGGAGAAAGCACUGAUGGCCACUCUCUUCACCUCAGGCCAGGCCCACGCCCUGCAAUACUGUUUCUUUGCUCAGAGAGCCGUUGGCAGGUGGAGCAUGCCCAGUGGAGCUCGGUGGGAUACAAGCAAGCCCAGACCUAUACAUAAAGUCGCUGUCAUUGGUCUUGGCACCAUGGGGAGAGGCAUAACAGUGGCCCUGGCUAAGACAGGGUUGUCUGUGGUUGCCGUGGAGACCCAAGAGCAGCAGUUGAUGGAGGCAAAGCAGGCAAUAUCCGGAAUGUUGGAGCGAGGAGCUAAGAGACGUGGGGUGGCUCCUGCGUUAGAUGGGAUCAGUUACAGCCGGAAAAUCCAGGCUGUAGCAGACGUCGAUCUGGUCAUCGAGGCUGUGUUUGAGGACAUGGCCCUGAAGACAAAAGUCUUCCAACAGCUGUCUGCCGUUUGUAAACCAGGCACCUUCCUGUGCACAAACACUUCUGCACUAGACGUGGACCACCUGGCCUCACAAACCCGCAACCCCGAGCUGAUGGUCGGUAUGCACUUCUUUGCCCCGGCCCAUGUCAUGAAGCUGCUGGAGGUGGUCUACGGGCCACGGUCUUCUCCUCAAGCUGUUGCCACUGCCAUGCAACUGGGAAAGAAAAUGGGCAAAGUCAGUGUGGCUGUUGGUAACUGCCGGGGGUUUGUGGGGAACCGCAUGCUGAAGCCAUACAUCGAACAAGCUUUCUUUCUGCUGGAGGAGGGCGCUACACCUGAGUUGGUAGAUGGAGUGCUGGAGGAGUUUGGUUUUGCCAUGGGCGUGUUCAGAAUGUCUGACCUUUCUGGGCUCGACGUGGGCUGGAGAGUCAGAAAGGGAGACGGGCUGGCGGAGCCUAGCGGUCAAUCAGCUAGAAUCCGGCAGGGCCGCAGGUACAGCCCCCUGGGGGAUCUGCUCUGUGAGCAGGGACGGUUUGGCCAAAAAACUGGCCAGGGAUGGUACCAGUAUGGCAAACCUGGAAGUCGGGUUGCCAUGUCUGACCCUUGGCUGCACAGCUUCCUAAGGGAGUACCGGGCCCGGAACGGCCUGGUGGCACGCCGCAUUGACCACCAGGAGGUGCUGGAGCGCUGCCUCUAUGCCCUAAUCAACGAGGGCUUCCGCAUCCUGGAGGAUGGAAUAGCUGCAGGACCCGAAGACAUUGAUGUCAUCUAUGUGUUUGGCUACGGAUGGCCCAGCCACCGUGGAGGUCCCAUGUUCUACGCCGGCAUGGUAGGGCUGGCAAAGGUCUUGGAGAGGCUGGAGCACUACCACCAUGCUCACCCUGAUGUACCAUAUCUGCAACCCUGCAGCCUUCUCAGGAGGCUGGUGGCCAGUGGCAGCCCCCCUGUCCACAGCUGGAGGGAAGUCAUCAAGAAACUCCACAGCCAGCUUUAAAUCUCACAUGUUUCAGCUUUAAUGUUUUUACUCACUUGAAUAAUGAGGAUCUUGUAAUGUUAAUGAUUAUACUGAUCUUUUGUGUGUGUGUGUGUGUGUGUGUGUGUGUGUGUGUGUGUGUGUGUGUGUGUGUGUGUGUGUGUGUGUGUGUGUGUUAAAUAAAUUUCAGUGAUUAUGGAUUAUUAUGAAAGGCUGCUGGGCUUUCUGUGAUUAAUAAUCAUCUCUGACUGUGAGCCUACACUGAGUAACCAGUUUAUUAGGUACACCUCAACAAUAUAAUGGAAUUCAAUGCAACAGCCCUGGAAUAAAUCCUACCUUUUAUGAAGCUUAAAGAGUUUGUGUUGACAUUGCAUGGAGAUGUUGAUUCAACUUGCAAUACAUUGAUUGUAUCAUUUGUUGUCAUAAUACUAGAAACAACUUUCUGUGUACUGCAACCACUCUGCUAUAACCAAGCUGCAUGAACCCCCUCUUUAACAAAGAGUCUGCUUGACAUGACAAGCUUUCGAUGUGUUGCAGGGCUGUUGUAUUGGAAUUGGACAAAUGUGUCUAAGAAACUGGUAAGUCAGUGAAUAUAUUGUUUAAUUCUGUAAUAAAAUAUUUCACUCCAGAACACAAUUUACAGUUAGACCAAGGGGUUUUAAAAUGUAAUAAAUCAUGCUUCACCAGUUGCAACAUUUGCAUAAAAGAUUUUCCUAUAUUAGGCUUGUUUGGUUGUGAAUCAUGGUAAUCUAGUGGUACACUUUUUACUGUAUGUACAAUAUGUAACAAAUCUCAUCUACAUCAUCAUCUGAUGCGUCAACAUGACAUGUUAUACUUAAUGUUUGUUGUUGUGAUUUGUGUGGAGUUCUUACACAGUAUUAACUUUAGCUAUUGUUUGGUUUGUUCUAACCAUCAGUAGGCUAUAUUCAGGUAACUGCGACAUCUCAUUUGAUUCGUUUCCUCAAAGAUCUUCCUUGGAGGAAUAAAUGAAAUCUGCUCUC